UGCGGCGUUGCACCUCUUGUCCCUGGAAUAGAAUAACAGCUUCACUGUCCCUGUUUGUGACUCAUUGAUUUUACAGCCCGCCUAACCACUCAGUCAUGCUUUCUUUCACUUGUUGACUCUUGGUUUGGAGCACCUGCUUCUCACUGGAGAUCCUACAGAGGAAAGAUCUUUGGAUAAUGGGUACCACUAUCAGAAGAAUGGUUCUGGAGUCUGUCUAAGCAGGAGCAUACAGGAGUACACUAGCCUGAGGCUUAGGGACUGUGGGAGGAAAAUGAGGUCCAAAGAUAAUACAGCGGACAGUAUGAUUAAUGAAGUUCUGGUUGUCACGCAAACUUCACAUGAUGCCAAAGAAGAAGAGGAGGAGAAAAUGCUGGAGACAGAAAAGACUAUCGAGGUUACACAUGUGGAUGAUGAAGAGAAAAUCGGACCUAAUAGGGAAGAUAAAUCAGCACAGAAUGAUGACCAAAUGUUUGGGCUCAGAGAUCUGUCCAAAGACAACCUACUGAAACUGCUUGGGAUCAUGGAAGGAGAGAUCCAGGCACGAGAAGAUGUGAUCCAUCUACUGAGGUCUGCGCUGCUAAGUCGACCAGAGGAGCUGGAGUCCCGUUAUGGCUUAUCAGGGCCGACCCGACCCCUGCAAGCCCUGCAGAGAGACCGAACGCUCAGCAACAACCAUGCACAACAUGAAAAUGUGUAUGAUAAGCCAAUGGCAGAGCUGGACAGAUUGCGGGAUAAGCACAAGGACUCAUAUCGCCGUAUGCUGGAACAGCUCUUGCUGGCUGAGAAAAGCCACCGGCGCACUGUGUAUGAGCUGGAUACUGAGAAACUCAAACACGUGGACUACAUGAACAAGAGCGAUGACUUCACCAACCUCCUGGAGCAGGAACGAGAGAGGUUAAAACGGUUGCUGAAACAAGAAAAAGCAUACCAAAUAAGGAAGGAAAAAGAAUUUUCUAAACGUAUGCAAAGAACAUCUGGAGAGCUGGUUAAGCUGAAGUCAUUUGCACUCAUGAUGGUUGAUGAGCGAGAACUUCACUUGGAGAAAAUCGACAAACAGAGCCACAAAAUACAAGAUCUUCUUCAAAAACUCGAGGAAAAGGAGAAGAAACUACAUGAGGCAGAGAGAAAAGCAAAGGAAGACAACCAGGGAAUCCUGGAUCUUGAGGUUGAGCUGGAGCUAAGAACUUCUAAGUUUGCAAAAGAGCAAGAGGAGAUGUCUGCAGAACUGUCUAGUCAAGAAUCUCAACAUCAGCAGUUGUCCCAGAAACAGAUGGAAUUGUUACACAAACUCAAGGAGCUUGAAGAGACCAACGAAGCUCUUCAGAAAUCAGCAGAGGAGCUCCAGGCUUUAAAGGACAAGAUCAGAAAGGGUGAAUGUGGCAACUCAAAUUUGAUGGCAGAACUUGAGACUUUGCGCAAAAUAAUUCUGGAAAUGGAGGGUAAAGAUGAAGACAUCACCAAAACUGAGAACAAAUGCAAUGAGUUGAAGAAGAUGCUUCUGGCUGAGGAGGCUCAGAAUAAGGACCUGAGGCUAGAGGUGGAAAAACUGCAACAGAGAAUGACACAGUUAGAGACACUAGAGAUGACCUUCAGCAUGGGCUGGACGGAAUGUGCCCAGUUGCAGGCAGCUUUGGAAAAGGAGAAAAGCUGGACUAAAGACCUAACAGACGAACUUGUGAGCGUUAAAAUCCGCAUGAAGGAGCUCGAAUUGUCUGAGCUGAAACUGGAAAAGGAUGAAUUAGAUUUAAAAGAGGAUCUUUUGAAACUCAAAUCAGUUACUGUAAUAAUGGUUAAUGAGCACAAGAACAUGGCAGACAGAAUUAGGUCUGAGGAAAAGAAGAGAGAUGAACUGAACCAACUCUAUAAGGCAGAGCAGGAGAAAGUAAUGGAGGUUACUGAGAGGUUAAUAGAGGAGAGCAAGAAGCGUCUGAAACUAAAGUCAGAGAUGGAGUUGAAGAUAGCUGCUCUUGUAAAAGAGAGAGAUGAAAUAAAGCGAAAGCUUUUCAAAACAGAAGAACAAUGGAAAGCUCUGAGCUCCAAGCAUGGUAUAAUGAAGCACAGUACCAUGAACAAAGAAGAAAGGGAGUCUUUUCAAAAGGUGAUGGACCUGCAGAUUGUCUCAAAUACACAUGGAAAAGAUGAGAAUAAAGUUAAGGAGUUGACUUUGGAGACUGAAAGACUUAAGAACCGUCUUCAACAGCUCGAAGUCAUUGAGCGAGACCUGAUCAAACCAGAGUAUGAUUUGUUAGCAAGUGAGAAAGAAAAGGCACGUUCUCUCUCACAGCAGGUACAAGAAAUAAGUCAAACUGAGUUGAUUAAGGUAAUAGAGCAAGGUGAGGUGGGCUGUCAAGAGGCUGAACUGAGACAUCGGUUCACGAUGGAGGAGGCCAAAACCAGAGACCUUCAAGCAGAUGUGCAAGCCCUUAAGGAGAAGAUUCACGAGCUCAUGAACAAAGAAGACGAGCUAUCCCAGCUACAGGUGGAUUAUUCUGUUCUGCAACAGAGGUUUCUAGAGGAGGAAGACAAGAAAAAGAGCAUUAGCACUGAAGUUCUAAACCUUACCAAAGAACUUGAGGUCACCAAGCGCUACAGCCGCACUUUACGGUCCAGCACCAAAGGAAGCAGAAUGAUGGAUGUUCCAGUGACGUCAACUGGAGUACAAACCGAUUCAGUUGAAAAUAGGACAGCUGACAGUGACACACCUGCUGCAUUCAUUAAGAAGUCCGUCCAAGAGGAGAACCGGAUCAUGAGUAGUCUGCAACAGAGGAGCUUAAAGAAGCCAGCGCAGAGACCAACAGUACGUGAACUUUACCCUCCAACAGUCAGUGACUAUACUGUGAAGAAGUCCUGGAUUCCUUGGAUGAGGAAGAAAGACAGCAGUGCUUCUGAAGUAUCUUUGGAUACCAGUGGGGAGGCUGCAACUUCUGAAGUCAGCAUGUCCCAAAAGUAUGACCAUCCAUUGAACGCUCAGGUGAUCCCAGAUAUUCAGAACAACGAGGCAACCUUACAGAAUCGCAUUGGCCUUUCUGAGGACUUGACCAAACAAGCUUCUGCCAAACUAUCCCAAGAAACUCAGAGCUCCCAGAUGACCGUCCUUCCUACAAAUGAACGAACCAAAGAGCCAAAGAAUCCAGAAAGAGUUAGAUUACCAAUGACCUUUGCCUCAAUCUCGAGAGUAAAGAGUGCAGAGAUCAUGAGGUCUCCCUCUAUGGACAAAUCGUUAUCUCCUGUAUCCACUGCAUCCAUCAGCAGCACCCAAGAGUCUGUGGACAUGAUAACAGGUCGAGCUGUAUUUAAGGAGACUCCUGAAAAACGAAUGGUCCCCACACCUAUCAAGAAGUCAAAUGCUAAUAUCGUUACCACAGAAGACAGUAAAAUUCAUAUUCACUUAGGAUCACAGUUCAAGAAGACCACUGACCAUGGCUCAGUUGUCAUGGCCAAAUCUAUUCCCGUAUCAUCUGAGUGUAAUGAAGUUUCUACUGGAACUGUGCUAUGCUCACCACACAGUGUGACUGCCAGCAAAUCAACAUCUAGCAAAGCGAUGAGCAGCAUCACCAUCACGCAGGUCACUAAAGCACCUGCCAGACCCACACUCUCAGUGCAGCCCAUCACUGAUGUCCCAUCAGCACGAUCAGGGUUCAGUCGUAUUCCAAUGUCUCGGGGAAUGAAAACUGGAAAAGCCGUGCUUGGAGCUUUGGGAAUCACCACAGUAGUUAAAAUGGAAACAAAUCCAGAGAACCAAGCCAUGCACACUGACCUGAAAAAAUCAGCUGUCAUUAAUGGAGCCCUACAGGGUGGAGGGAAGGGCUGA